AUGAGGCCAUUGUCCAUACUCCUCGUCGUGUCUGGGGCACUCGCCCUGAAUCCCCUCCACCCAGUCCGCAUUCCCAACAACAACACCCUCGUCUCCGAACUCACAACGGACAUCGUAUCCGAUCCGCUGGCCAAGCGCUGGACUUGUCCAUCAACCUGCUCCACCAAUAUCUGCUGCGAGAAUGGGCUCUGCGUCUGGUCCCUCAGCGACGUCUGCUGCGGCAGCUACUUCUGCAACUCUGGCGAGAGUUGCUGCGGAACCGGGUGCAUGCCCCGUGGCGCAGACUGCUGCGGCGUCCAGGGGUACUGUCCCUCCGGCGAGCGAUGCAUGACCGUCAACGGGAAACUGGGCUGCUGUCCCAAUGGGGAUUGCUCCAAGGAGGACACCGUGAACUAUUACACGGAGAAAGAGUAUACCACGACGUACGAUACGACGACCUAUACCGCGGUAAAGUACAGAUGGUAUUCAUGGACAGUGACCUGGACGUACUGGGUGACGUUUUACACGUACUAUAUCCCGUCGACGGCUUCGAUUCGCACAUCGACGGUCACCACUACCUCGACGAUUGUCUCGGUGAAAGCGACGGACAGCUCGGACGCUUCGAGCUCGUUUACGCGGCUGUCGGCGACAAUGAGCUUCUAUACACCUGCCAGUGCGACGAAUCCGGUGACCCCGACGGAUGUGACGGCGGCCAGCAUACCGACGAUCGUGUCGGGGGAUGAUGGCCGCAGUAACGGCAAUUCGGGCAGUGGCGGUAACGGGGGGGUUGGCAUUUCGGUCAACGGGGUCAUUGGAGGGCCGGGAGGUGAUCUCAAUGCUGCCAAUGCAACCCGCAGAUUUGGAUGGGAGACCGCGUUGACUCUGUCUAUCGUGCUGGGAACUGGACUUUUGAUGAUAUAUCUCUGA